AAAUAAUAAUAAUAUUUCCACCAACACAAUCUAACCGCUCACACAACAGGUCUACUCCCGCCUCGACGUGCUCGUCUACAACUCGGGCGCCAUCUGGUGGGGCCCCGUCGCCACCACGCCGAUGAAGCGCUUCCAGCUGAUGCAGCGCGUCAACGUCGAGGGGCUGUACGGCGUCGUGCAGGAGGCCCUGCCGCACCUGAAAGCGCGGGCCGGGGGGAGCGCGGAGAGCGCGGGCGAGAGGCGAGGGGCCAGGAGCAUCGUCGUCUGUCCGCCCAUCUACAGCCGCUUCUUCCGGGGAAAGACGGCCUAUGCUAUCGGCAAGGUCGGGAUGAGCGUGUUGGUGAAGGGUCUGGGGAUGGACUUCGAAAGGGAACGGUUGGUUGAGCAAGGGUUGGGAAUCGCGGGGCUGUGGCCUGCUGUGGCGAUCGAGUCGGCCGCAACAGAGCAGUUCACCAGCAAAGACCCGUCCUAUGCCAAGGACCUCCGUAAACCAACUAUCUUCUCAGAUGCCGUCCUGGCCAUGCUGCGAGUUCCGGCGGCCGUGGUGAACGGCCAGCUUGAACUGGACGAGGACUUCCUCCGAAAACAGGCUGGCAUCACCGACUUCUCCAAGUAUUCCGUUGUCCCAGGAGCGACACCGCGGCGCAUCAUGCCUGCGGAGCUACCUGACCUGACCGUAAAAGAGCAAGAUGAUGAGGGGAUGAGAGUGGAUAGCUCAAGGCUCUGAUCCUUAUAGAUUCCUCUGUUUCGAUUUCGGCGCCGAAUCAUCAGCCGAACCAUUCUUUUCUGAGCAAUGUACAUCGCGGAACCAAGCUAGAAGCAUCGUCCUAAGAGGCAAGCAAACCGUUGUCU